AUGAAAUCAACAUUGACUGUGCUCUUGGUUGUUUUAGUGUCUGUCUAGGGUUUCUAGAUCGAUAUGUUCAGCAAACAUCAUAUCCCCAACAGAAACAUCAUGGAAAUUAUGAUGUAAAUCGAAUCCAAACUUGCCUCAGGAGGUCCAUUCGACACAAUCAACACAAUGUUGUAAGACUUCAGAACUUCAGUCACAUCAGAAUAAAUUGCUCAUGAUGACUUGUAUGCCAGAUAAAAGAAUGAAUGCGAUUCUGAAUCAGCUUUCAGAAAGGGAUAAAUUCAAGAUGCCAGCAAGAUCUUGAGUGCUUCAACCAACCAAUUGAACUUGUGCUCAUUCUAAAGAUAAAAGGCAAAGGCUGAAUUCGGUAUGACAGAAGACCAACUCACCAUGAACUAAUAACACUUGUCAUUGAUCCAAGAAGUCAGAAAGACUGAAUAAGAGAACUUCAACAAGAUGGCCGUCAUCUUCUAAGAUGCAUUGAGAGUUAUCGAUGAAUCAGUUUAUUUGGCCAAGAAAUUCAGCGUUGGUGAUGCCAGUUUGAUCGAAUUAGCUGAUGCCACAGGUCAAAUGAUGUAACACUCAGUCAGUUUGAAGAGAACUGGAUCAUAUGCUGCAGUUUUGGCUUCAUUGGCCAGAAUUUCUUUGGCUGAAUAAGUUAGUUCAGCUGAUGUUGAGAGAUUGAUCCAAUUAUUGUAAACCUUAAGAAACAACAUCGAAGAUGCAUACAAUCAAUUCACAGCUGAAAACAAUUAAGCUAUUGUCUUAUACAACAACUAAAAGGAAAGAAUUGACAAGAACAUCGUCAGAUUAGAGAAAUCCAAGACCAGACUUGAAGAUUAAAUCACCGAUUUGAAUGGAUGUGUUGCCACCUAAACUGCCAUCUCCUAAGCUGCUAGCAACAAGAAGUAAAGAAACCAAAAAUUGUUGGAUGAUGCCACUGCUCUUUGCACCACCUUCAACAGUGAAUACGAUAAUGCCUCAGCUGCUAGAAGAUAAGAAUUAGUCCUCUUAUCUGAAGUCGAAAGAUUAGUAGAAAAAAGAUAAAAUGAAAUUAAAUGAUGAAAAAUUUACAUCAAAUAAUAAUCAAUAAUAAUAUCACAUUA